AAAAAUAAAAAAUUUGCUUCUUCCUUAUGCAUUAGAUUGGGGUUUGCAAACAGACAUUACAUUGUAGAGCCAUGUGGUACUGGGGGUGGGCUUAUGCUUUUUUGGGAUGAUGAUGUGGUUAUUGUAAAUAUUUAUAGUCAGAGUUUCUUUAUUGCUGUUAACUUUAUUGAUAAAUCUAAAGAUUGUUCCUGUUGGGUUGUGUUUGUCUAUCUCAGUUCUUCUAAAGCUGAGAGAACCCUUCAGUGGGACUAUCUAGUGAAUGAAAAAUCCAAAUGGGGGCCAGUCUGGUGUAUAGCCGGAGAUUGGAAUGCAAUUUGCAGAGCUACAGAUAAGAAAGGGGGCCAAAGAAAAUCAGACAGGAGUUUUUGGGAUUUCAACCAAUUUCUAGCUCAGAUAGGUGUACAAGAAAUUUCUCUCCAGGGAUUGCCUUAUACCUGGACCAAUAACAGAGCAGGGCUGAAUUAUGAAGAGGAAACUUUGGACCGACUGUUUGUCUCCCUGGAUUGGCUUACUACAUUCCCUGAAACAAAGGUAACCAGCUGGUUCAGAAGUGCCUCUGAUCACACUAUGCUGGUCAUCUUCUUCUCUGAAGCACCUGGCAAAUUCAAAAAAAGAUUCAAGUUCGAUAAACGUUGGAUCAGAAAAGAAGAAGUUAAUGAAGUGGUUAAACAAUCAUGGGACACUCCUGCAUGGGGUACUCCUAUGUACAUCAUCAAAGAAAAGAUAAAAAGAACCAGGCAAGCACUUCUGAGCUGGAGCAAGUAUUUUAGAGCAGAGCAUGCCUCAAAAAUCAGCAAUCUCACUCUGCAGCUGGAGGAGCUCAGGAAAGCUGGAGGAGACAGAGACUGGGACACCUGGGAAAAAAUUCAAAAAGAGUUAAAUGAAGCUAAUGUUUCUGAGGUGAUAUACUGGAGGCAAAAAGCUAGAGCUCUUUGGUUCAGAGAAGGAGACCAAAACACCAAAUUCUUCCAUGCCUUUGUUUCUCAGAGAAGGAAGAUGAACUCUAUAGUUAGACUGGUGACUGAAAGGAAUAAAAUCA